UUGCCGCCAGUAUUUAAUGAAAAACGGUCUUCUAAAUUAUAAAUAUGGAGACAGAAAGACGGAAAUUCUACAAACACAAAAUCAAACGAAUCUGUGUUUCGAACGAGGAUGAUACGUCUUCCGUAAUUGAUAAAAGCGACACGACCAAAUCUACAGUAACAAUAUUAGGAAGUGCCACUUAUCAUGAACAAGUUAACGAUUUAAGUAUUUUUAAUUCGAACAGCAUAGAUCAGCAACCGGAAUCCUUGGUUAAUGACCCAAUUGAUUUAAAUUAUGAAUCGAACUUUUAUGCCAACACUAUGGAUAUACAACCAACAAUUACACAUAAAUAUAUUCCUGGUGAUUUGAAAGAUGGGGAUGUAAUUAUUAACGAAGUUACGAUUGAAGUGGAAAGAGAGAAUCAAGAAGAAAAGGACAAACCUGAAGUAAAAGAAAUAGAAAGAACAAUUAGUAACGACAGUCUGCAACCAACUAUUACUGAAAUUAUACCUGAAACCGACAUGGAUAUAUUACGGAAAUCUUUAGAAGAAAAUAAUACUGAUGACAAUGUUGAGAUACAAACAGAGGUUGAUCAUCCAAUAAGGAAGAAAAACAAACGAGUUCUAAAAAAAAGCUAUGUUGAUUUUUUAAGUGAAGAUGAAGAUUUUGCUUGGGACUCAACGUCGUGGAAAGAAACAGAUGAGUCUUCAAGUGAUCAAGAUGAUCAAACACUAACGAAGAAAAAUAAAAAAAGCAUGAAAGAUGUAAAAGUAGGAGAUGCAGGAUUAAAAAAGAAAAGAACAAACAAGAAAAAGGUACGAAAGGAAUCUAGAUUACCAAAGCCAAAUACAUGGACCUAA